AGAUUUUUCCAAAAUUUAUGAAAACUGGAAAAGAAAAUAAUGAAGAAGGAAAACAAAGGUCCCGCCUAUUCUGAAAAAAACUCCAGAACGGCGUCGUUGGGUUCUGAUACUCGGUGCAAUUCAUUUUCCCUCAAGCAAAACUUGCCUCACCGUUGAUGGAGGGCGGUGACGCAGCGAACAUGCUGCGCAUUCUGGUGGCCACCGAUUGCCACCUCGGGUACAUGGAGAAGGACGAGGUGCGCCGCCACGACUCCUUCCACGCCUUCGAGGAGAUUUGCGCCAUUGCCGAGCGCCAGGGCGUGGACUUCGUUCUCCUUGGCGGCGACCUCUUCCACGAGAACAAGCCGUCGCGGUCAACGCUAGUCAAGGCCAUCGAGAUUCUCCGCCGCUACUGCCUCAACGACCGCCCCGUCCCGUUCCAAGUCGUCAGCGACCAGACGCUUAAUUUCCAGAACGCGUUUGGUCACGUGAACUAUGAGGAUCCUCACUUCAAUGUUGGCUUGCCGGUUUUUACCAUUCAUGGAAAUCAUGAUGAUCCUGCUGGUGUGGACAACCUUUCUGUGGUUGAUAUUCUCUCAGCAUGUAAUCUAGUCAACUACUUUGGGAAAACAGUUCUUGGGGGCUCUGGUGUUGGUCAGAUCGCUCUGCACCCUAUUCUUAUCAGAAAGGGUUCAACAGCUGUAGCUCUGUAUGGUCUGGGAAACAUUAGAGAUGAAAGGCUUAAUAGGAUGUUUCAAACACCACAUGCUGUACAGUGGAUGCGACCUGAAUCUCAGGAAGGGUGUCAAGUGUCUGAUUGGUUCAACAUUCUGGUACUUCAUCAGAACAGGGUGAAGACAAAUCCAAAAAAUGCAAUAAAUGAGCACUUCCUGCCUCGCUUUCUAGACUUCAUUGUGUGGGGCCAUGAGCAUGAAUGUUUGGUUGACCCGCAGGAAGUUCCAGGGAUGGGAUUUCACAUCUCGCAACCAGGGUCAUCAGUUGCAACGUCUCUUAUUGAUGGAGAAUCAAAGCCAAAGCAUGUACUUCUUCUAGAAAUUAAGGGAAAUCAAUAUCGCCCAACUAAAAUACCUUUGACGUCUGUGCGACCUUUUGAGUAUACUGAGGUAAUACUAAAAGAUGAGCCGGAUAUUGAUCCCAAUGAUCAAAGUUCUAUUCUUGAGCACCUAGACAAAGUGGUCGGGAAACUGAUAGAAAAGUCUAGUAAGCAGGUCGUCAAUAGAAAAGAACUCAAGCUUCCACUAAUACGUGUCAAGGUGGAUUAUUCUGGAUUUAUGACUAUAAACCCCCAAAGAUUUGGGCAAAAAUAUGUUGGGAAGGUUGCAAAUCCCCAAGACAUUCUCAUUUUCUCAAAGGCUACAAAAAGGACCAAGGUUGAAGGAAAAAUUGAUGAUUCAGAACGACUUCGUCCAGAAGAAUUAAACCAACAGAACAUAGAGGCUUUGGUUGCUGAAAGUAAUCUGAAAAUGGAGAUACUGCCAGUCAAUGAUUUGGAUAUUGCUUUGCAAAAUUUUGUGAACAAGGAUGAAAAAAUGGCAUUUUACACUUGUGUACAAUACAAUAUUCAAGAAACACGAAAUAAAAUUUCUAAGGAUCCGGAUAACCUGAAGUUUGAGGAAGAAGAUUUGAUUAUUAAAGUUGGAGAAUGUUUGGAGGAACGUGUCAAGGGACGAUCUGCUCACUCCAAGCAACCCACACAACUCAAUGAUGGUGCUGAACCAUGGAAGGAGUUCCAAGGAAGAAGUGCUACUGGAACUGGAAGUACUGCAGCUUCCUUCAGUGAUGAUGAAGAUGCCAUACCAGUAUCUAGCUCAAAGCCAAGUACUAGAGGUCGGAAAGGGUCAGCGGGUGCAUCUCAAAGUACAACCAGAGGUAGGGGCAGGGGAAGAGGCAGAGGUUCCAGCACCAUGAAGCAGACAACUCUUGAUGGAGCUUUAGGGUUUCGCUUUUCUCAGCGGUCUGCAUCAGUAGCUGCAGCAACUGCCAUCCAAAGUGAUGCUAAUGAGGAUAAUUUGGCUUCUGCUUUAAGUGAUGAUGCUGAGAAAAAUGAUGUUGAAGAGAUCGAUGACAGUUCGGAAAAUGAAUCCAAGAUACCACCAGGAUGGAAGAGGGCUGUUCCAAGGGGAAGAGGUAGAGGAUCUACACAGUCUUCUAAACGUGGAAGGAAAUUAGAGAACUCUUCAAUCCAUAGAAUGCUCAUGAACGAGGAUGACGACGAUGAUGACGAGGAUAUCAUAAAAAGAUUAAAUAAGUCACAACCUCGGGACCUUGUCAUGGGGAAGACGAUUUUAACUACUAAGGGGCAGAGUGGGUUGUAUUUUUUAUUGUUUGAUGACCAAAGUAACACAAAAAUCAUGAGUCAACAAGCUACAUCUAAGACGUGCGCAAAUUCCCAAAUAUGGUUACAUCAUCAAAGGCUUGGGCAUCCUUCAAUUAGUCUUAUCAGGUCCUUGUUUCCUCAUUUGUUUACCAAGGAGUCUGUUGAGUCUUUUAAUUGUGAUAUUUGUCAAUUGUCAAAACACCAUCGUGCAUCUUAUCCUAUUAGUAAUAAACAAAAUAAUUCUCCAUUUGAUUUAAUUCACUCUAAUGUUUGGGGUCCUGUCAUAGAUUCUAUUUCCAGAGCCAAAUGGUUCGUUACCUUUAUUGACGAUUGUACCCGUGUCACGUGGACAUACCUUAUGAAAAAUAAAUCCGAAGUUUUUCAAAUAUUUUUUAAUUUUUUCCAUCUUGUCCAAAAUCAAUUUGGAAAAAAUAUCAAAAGAAUUAGGUCUGAUAAUGGUACUGAAUAUGUGAAUCAUGAAUUUCUCAAUUUUGUCUCAAUGAUAUUGUUCAUGAACUAACAUGUGUUAACACCC